AUUGUUGUUUUGAUGUACAAUUUGAGCCUUUUUCCACUGAAUGUCAAAAUUAACGUCAAUUUUUCACAAUGAGCAUCCAAAAUAUUCAAAGAGAGACCAGCGAACCCGCAUUUAAAGCACUCCCAGUUGAACCUAUUCGUGUGUUUCGACGGCUUGAUCCUUCCAAACCGAUUGACUUGCCUGAAACGGCCGCAAACCGAAAAUGUACCGAUAUUCCGUUCCUUCUAAUUUUCGAAAUGUUUCAAAUUAUUCUCAUUAUUUCCUCUGUUUACAUUGCCUCAGUCAGCGACUGGAAAAUUAUAGAUUUGGGAGCCGACGAAUGUAAAAACACUUGCGGAAUGAAGAAUGUUGUAAAAUACAACAAAAAAUGUCCAUUAAAAGACUACACAGGCUUUCCAUACAUUAUCGAAUCCGAAAAACGAUGUGUUUCAGAAGCCGAAUGCAAAGAAAGAAACUGGGUUGUUAUAUAUAAAGAGUGUCUGAGGAAUGAUUCCCUGACCGAAGAAGAAGCCGAUUACGUUCGACAAUUAAUUUCUUGGGAGAAAACUUACAAAACUAGUCUAAUACUACUCGUCAUAACACCAAUUAUUGCCUCAGUCCUAGCCAUGAUGGUAUUUCUCGCGUUUAGGUGGAACGCAUUUGUUACGUUUUACACUUUUGGGGCUCUUUCAAUCGUAAUGUUUCUAUUCGUGACUCCAACUCUCUGGUACAUAAUAUAUUACCUUACUGUUAAAACAAACCUAGGAUGGCAAACUCUUUGGUAUCUGUACGUUGCGGCUGUGGUUUGCACAAUAAUUACCAUUACCCUGCCCAUUUUAUUUUUGUGGCGUCGUCAACAAACGAAAUUUUUGAUCCAACUGUAUCGGGAAGCGAUUCCUGCUAUUUUCAGAUCAAAUUACAUGCUCUUCGCGCCCCUAAUCGCGACUCUGGUUCUGGAGGUGUUAGCAGUUAUUGCUUUCUUUCUGUUCGGGUUUUCGCAAAGUGUGAAAGUGCCACAAAAUUCGUCCUUCCCCGUUGAAAGAACGUUUUAUGUCGUUUUCAUGUUGUUUAUGGGAUACUGGAUAUUCACAUUUUCCGUAGGAUGUCAGAAUAUGAUGACGGCUGGCGUAGUCGCCAGUUAUUAUUUCUCAAGGGACAAAAAUUCCUUAGAGAAUCAGUAUUUAAAAUUUGCCAAAAUCGUGGUACGUUAUCAUUUGGGUACAGUUGCCGCGGGAUCGUUGACAAUAACAUUGGUAUCAAUCCUCAAGUUCGUGAUUAACCGGUUUAGGGCCCGCGACUCGGAAUGGUGUAAUGAAGUUUUGUAUUUACUCUGCCACUGUAUGGAAGAAUUCUUGCAUUAUGUUAGCGUCAAAGCGUACAUAAUGACAGCUAUCCAUGGUCGAAGUUUUCUGAAGUCGGGCAAAAGAGCAGUUAGAGUGAUGUGGCUCCACUUUUUGGAUUUGGUCCAAGUGGACGCAUUCAAUGUUCUAGCAAUGUUCUCCGCCGGUGUUAUCAUUACUCUUGUUUGCCUUUUUAUCGCAUAUGCCGUUGUGGCGGAAGAGCAUGAAACUUUUAUCCUUGCUAAUUUGAUCAUAGUACUUGGCCUGGCCGCUGUUACACUGUAUCUCUUUCUCUCAAUGAUAAGUGUUUCCAUCGGAACACUGUUCCUGUGUUACUGUGAAGACCGCCACAUGAACGAUGAUACGGACCAACCUUAUUAUAUGAGCCCACAACUUGAGGAAGCAGUGAGUGAAGCUCUAGAGUUCGCUAUUAGGACAAGGUUGGAAAAGGCGCUUCGACGUGGGCAAAUUUCUCAAAACAGUGCUCCAAAUGUUUAAUUUUAAUGUAGUAAAGUACAACAGACAAAUAAAUAAUUGUGUAAAUUGUCAAAA